CUGGAUAGACUUGUUUGCUCAGCCCCGCGGUUUGGAUCGCGGAUUUCGGCAUUCCGUAUUGCAACUUCCCGACACCCGGCCGGCCGGCCCAGCAACCCGAUAGCUCGCCAUCCCAGCAUCCUGAUAUCCCGCCAUCCUGACAAACGGCACCGUUGUCAGCCCGCAUUCGGAAAUGCUGCAGUCGCCGCCCCAGCCAUCGCUGCCGAUGCAACAGCAGCAGCAGUCCUUCGAGUUGAGCCUGUUUCUGUCGCUGGUGGCCGGCCUCGGAACCGCACUGGGUGGCCUCGUCUUUCUGCUCCUUGCUCGAACAACCGAGGGAGCUUCCUCCUCGUCUCACUCGCAAUCGCUAUUGCCACUGCCAUCAUCGACGCCGCUGUCGUCUCAAUCGCUGUCCCCGCACCACAAGGCCGAUGACGACAUUCCCAUCUCACCAAAGGUCUUUGGACGACUGCAGGCACUCUCGGCAGGAGUCAUGCUGCUCCUGAGCAAGGAUCUGUUCUUUGCCGAAGCACUGCCGGUGACUGGCUGGAGCGCCGCUCUGUUCUGGUUCGCAGCCGGUGGGGUUGUGAUGUUGCUUAUCGAAAAGUGCAUCCAUGUGCCCGAGCCGACUUCGAUCCGCAGUGAAGACGGCGAGCCAUUGCAUACAUUGCUCAGCUCCUUUGACGAUCUCGAAAAGCUCAAGGUCGACCGCUUUCCAGACUCGGGCCCUUCGUCAAGCUCGACUGCAUCUUCGCACCACCAUAGCUCGCUGUUUCGUUCGAUUCCGGCGCACCAACUCCUUCGCACCGCGAUGGUGACCUUCAUCGCGAUGGGCAUCCACAACCUGCCUGAAGGCAUCUCAGUCGCCAUCUCGACGACCACAAACCUACGACUCGGAAUGAACCUAUGUUUCGGCAUCAUGCUCCACAACAUCAUCGAGGGCAUGGUCGUGGCAUGCUCGUUGUGGUAUGCUCUCAAGUUGCCCUGGGCAGUGCUGGUGCUCUGUCUGUUCAACGGGCUGAUGGAGCCGAUUGGCGUCGUUGCCGUACGGAUCUUUGGCAUUUGGGACAUGAUCAGCCAGCCGGGCGUCGUCGAGCGAGUGCUUGCCGGCGUUGCCGGUGUCAUGGCCGGAAUCGCUCUUAGCGAGCUGAUACCCGGGGCUGCCAUCUGGAUUGGCAAAGGCUUUGGCAUCGAGACGUUUUCCCACACAAGCUGGCGGCGACUCUACCGAUUGGGGCUUCAGGUUGCUCUCUGGACGCUCAUGGGUGCGCUCGCCGGGGCCAUUAUCCUGAAGCUGGCCGAUGUUCUUCUCGCAGAGAUAGUUUGAACACCCAGGGGACCCUGGCAUCAGGAGGGGUGGGCACCUCCCGCGCAAAAUAUAGCGGCGUUGCCGGGGUGGGCCGGGGAGAAGGGUCUCGGAAAGAAACGGAGGGCUCUGG